GCUUCCAAAAUCCAAACCCCCGCCCGCCGCCUCUGCUCCUCCUCUCCACAUUUCGAAUCGAAUCCCCCCGCUCCGGGGCUUCAAACGCAGAUCCCGCUCGAAUCCUCGCCCUCACCAGCGCGCGCGCACGCACAGCGACCGUAGAUGGCAGCGGCGGAGGGCGACGGGGACGCCCCGAUCGCGGCGUUCGCGGUGGCCAAGGGCGGGAUCGUACUCAAGCACAUCUUCCUCAACGCGCCGCCGCCGGGGAUGCGCGGGGAGGGGGCAAAAGGCGACGAGGAGGAGGAGGACCCUCCGGUGAUGAUGGGGCGGCACCCCGACUGCCACGUGCUCGUCGACCACCCCAGCGUCAGCCGCUUCCACCUCGAGCUCCGGUCCCGACGCCGGCAGCGACGGAUCACCGUCACAGACCUCUGCUCAGUGCACGGGACAUGGGUGUCCGGGCGACGGAUCCCACCACACACACCGGUGGAUCUGGCUGCCGGUGACACGCUGCGGCUCGGGGUCUCAAAGAGGGAGUAUAGUCUGCUCUGGCUAUCGCUGCAUGAGGCAUUUCAGAUGGAGGAUCCGCGGCAUAUGCCAUCGCUACCUGAAGAGGACAAAGAGGAGUCCCGUGCUUAUCAGGAGGCAAGCCGCCAGUUGGUGCCUGGGCAGGGGGAUCCAGUGGACAUAUGCCAGGACACAAGCCAACAAAUUGUGUCAGAAGAAAUUGCUUUUCCAGCUAAAGUGAUCCCCUCAGCACCACCAUUGCCUGAGUUUGCUCAUUCCUUUUCUCUGGAAGAAUCUCCACUUUCUCAGUUUCAUGAGAACAGAGAGGGAGUGACAGAAGAACAUUUGGUCGACAGGAAUCCAGUUUCAGAAUCUUUUGGCUCUUUGAUCGUACAGGAAAUGCCAGCCUCAGUGACAAAUAGUGGAAGACCAGUGCAGUCAGUCAAGUGUGAUGCCUCAAACCAAGUGCCCAAGAGGGCCAAGUUAAAGUCAGUCAAAUCCCUUCGUAUUGACACAGGCAGGAGCAGGGAUAUAAGCAGCGCUCUGAGCUAUAGCUUUCAGAAAGGAGACCAAAGUGAGACUCUUGUAUGUGCUGAGAACUGCGGGACAGAAUGUGCAGCCUGCAUAGCUGUAUUUGGUAUUUCUGAAUUUGAAGGAGCUGAAGAAAAGGAAGAGAUGAUUGCAGAAUAUAAGGGCCACAUGAAUCCCCCAGCCAGCAUUACCAUGGAGGGAAAUAAGAAAGAACCAAACCCUGAGAAUUAUGUCGCACAAGAUUCAGUUGAUGCAAAGUCACAGAAGAGACUAGGCUUGUUGGAUUCUGUUCCCCCUUUGCAUUUCAAAGAUGACCCCUUCACAUACAAUGAAAUCCCACAGUGGAGUGCUGCUACUCUUAAUAUGGAAUCAUCUAAGCCUGUUUCAGAAAAUCCUUCAGUGCCAGAAGUGAGGUGCAAUGGUUUGACUACUCUUAACUUGGAGGGAAGUCUCUCAAACAACGAGACCAUGGCCCCAAGUAAGAUUGCUGAGGGUCCUGAAGACUGUCAGCUUGAAGGAACAUUUUGUAGGAAUCUAUUUGGCAAUUUGGAUACUGAAGGAUUUGAAGAAAAUGAAGAGAUCAGUCCACUGGACAAGGAGAAUAUCACCCCCAUUGUCUCAGGCAACAUAAUAAUGGAGAGGAGCCAUAGAGGUCUGAAGCCUACCAUUUCCCAAGAGUUGAUGGAUUCCAUUUCCCCUCUCCAUUUAGAAGAUGAUAGCUUUUCAGAAAAUGAAAACUCCAUGCUGAACAUUGGAAAUGAGAUGAAAUCAAAUGAACCUAUCUCCGAGAAUCUUGGCCCUCUAAUUUCAGCCGGCACGAAGUCGCAGAAGAGCCAAACGGAGUUUAUGCCCAUUUCACAUCUGGAAUUCAAAGAUGACCUCCUUCCGGACAGGGAAAACUCAGUGCUGGCUCCCAGAAAGUAUGAUGCUAUCUCCCCUGUGAGGCAGGAAGAUCUGUUCUCAGACAAGGAGAAUGUGACACCUACCUCUAGGGGUCUAAAGCCUAUUGUUAGGAGAGUUCUUGGGUCAAGGAUGAAUAAUUCAGUGUCAGUAAAGAACACUUCAAAUAAGGGAAUCCAUAAGUGGGAAUGCAAUGAGUUAUCAACAAAGUCCAAAGAUUUCCACACAGUAGAUGAUGAUGUUUUCUAUUCAGAUAAGGAGAAUUUGACACCUAUAUCUUCAGGAGGCAUGAAAGCAAGGAAGUGUCUUCCAAAGAACCUCACAGUUGAUGCAGAUCAAGAUCAGGAAACAUUCUGCUCUGACAAGGAGAAUUUGACACCACUAUCUUCUGCAGCUCGGAAAACAAGGGAUAUGUCUGAAAACCGUGCACGAAUUGAAAGUGUGAUCACAAAGAAAAGGGUUGUUGAUAGGCUCCCCUUUCAGACUCUUAUGUCGAAUUCUCCUUUGAGACCCACUAGCUCGCUUGAUUGUAACUGUGCUGUUGCUAGGGCAGCUGACUUUGCUGCUGGGAACUUGGGGAUCAGGUUGGAAGAUGAGCUGAACAAUCUUCCACGAAAUAACCAAGAUUCAGGUAGGGCUGGACAAGGGAUGAAAGCCUGGACCAUGGUGACUGAUACCAACUGUCUUCUUGAUGAGGAAUCUAGGAAGUCUAUUAUGCUGUUAAAAGGCAUAAAAGGAACUCAUUUGAUCAUACCAAGGAUUGUGAUCAGGGAGUUAGAUUCCAUGAAGCAGCGGGAGGGUUUGUUCAGAAUGUCCUCAAAGGCUACCUCCAUACUCCAGUGGAUCGAAGAGUGCAUGGAAAACGAGAGCUGGUGGAUUCAUGUCCAGAGUUCAUCUGAUAUGUUCCCAGUAGCACCAACUCCGCCUGCAACUCCUUCGACGCAAUGCAUCGACGAAGAAAUAGAGAUCGGCUCCGGCUCCUUCAACCCAAUGGCCUUCUUCUCACCAAGAAGUUUCGCCGAUAUCAUCUCUCCAAAACCUGAAGAUCGCGUCCUUGAAUGCGCACUCCUCUUCAACAAACUAAGAAGCAACGAAAACAUCAUCAUUCUGUCCAACAGCAUAACACUCAAGAUCAAAGCUAUGGCAGAGGGCUUGCUUUGCGAGGGAGCAAAGGAGUUCCGCGAAAGCCUGAUGAACCCGUGCUCCAGCAGGUUCAUGUGGGCAGCCAGCGUGCCGAGAGGAUCGGCGUGGUCGUGCCUGGACGAGGCUGCCCUGGCUGAGAACUACUACAACAGCCACCACCAUUACCAUGCAAGGAAGAGGAUUCCAAGGCCCGUCGAGGCUGCCAAGGGUCUGAAGCUGAUCCUGCGGCACAACUCUCUGUACGCGCAGGCGACGAACCCCGACAGGAAGACGACGCCGUUGGCGUCGGUGUGACCUCGAGUAGUUUCAUGGUUGGAACCUCGUGAAGAUGGUAAGAAGGUAAAGGUGGUUUACAGCGUUGCAGAUAUGGGUUUCUUACUGUGGGUGUAUAGCAUAUGGCUGCUGGAUUUUUCAGGUGAAUUUCUUUGUUGGUAUGAUUUCCAUGCCGAGUAAAAGUGUAAAAUUGUGGGCUGAAAACGUUGAGCAAGAAAUGGUCAUCCAUCCCGUGAAUGAAUUGGUAACUGGUGUUAAACAGCUAAAGCCUGCAGCAGCGCACGUGAUUGUGGGCUGCCAUGAAUUCUUUUGCUAGGACAGCAGUAGAAUGGUUGUCAGGAUAUCCUUUUGCCAAAAUCUUACUGCUCAGGAAUGUGUUUGAAUAUCAUAAUACCAUCACUUUA